CUCCGAAUCUCCGUCGUAACAACAUGAAGUUCCUGGUCCUCGUACUGCUGGCGGCGGCGGCCACCGCCCUCCCCCUGAAGAGCCUGAAGGGCUUCCCGAAGAAGUACGACAGCGCGAUCGACGGCCCGAAGUCCACCUACACCGUGUACGACGACGCCCCCGCCGAGCAGCUGACCGUCCCCGCCGAGCACGCCUUCCUGGACGUCCUUCAGGCGCCUUCCUCCUACGACGCCUACUUCGAACAGGAGGCGCAGGACCCCUUCCUGCCCCCUGAAGGCGUCUCCACCUACAUCGAAGUGCCGGAGGCCGUGAUCGGCGACGCCCUCCUCCCCCCGGCCGUCGACUCCUACUCCGACCCCGCCGGCGUCCCUCACGGCGAGUUGCUGCCUCCCCCCGCCGUCGCCGUCAUCCCCGACGACCAGGAGUCCUACGUGAGCUACGAGAACGUAGGCCAGACGUCCCUCGUUCCCCCGGCGCCCUUCAGCUACGUCCACCUGCCCGCCGACGCCUCCGGGGCCGACGUCCUCGCCUCCUUGGCCUCCAUGGUGCAGGUCCUGCCGUCCGAGUCCUCCUACUCGUCCUACGAGCCCGCUUCGGCAGGCGAGGACUCCCUCCUCCCCACCGGCCUGGUCCCCCCCGCCAAGGAGAGCCCCGCGGAGCCCUCCAGCAGCUCCUACUCGGAGGUCCCGGAGGCGCAGCCCGAGCUCACCCAGGAGGAGAUCCGACGAGCCGAGGAGGCGCAGGUGUCCAUCCCCUCCAGAGUCCUCCUGCCUCCUUCCAGAACCUGAAGGAGGUCGAAGUCAUCCCAAAGUCAUUCGAAAAAGCGACUACCUGCGCGCGACGUGAGAGAGUGAAACGCAAGACAGUUUAGUGUGCAAGAGUGAACCUUUGAAAAUUAGUCAAUGAACGAAUCAAAGACGUGUACGAAUAGCUGCGAUGCCAAAUUUAGUGUUGGAGAAAAGACAGACUACUGACGACUUUGUUAAACACGGGACAAUGCAAGAGUGGUUUUAGCUUUCGGGGAAAGACUUCUAGGUUAAGAGUCUAGUCUUUAAGGUCUUGUGACAUCAAAUAAUGUCGAAAAUAUUAAACCAAUUCCACAUUUU